AUGAUUGUGAAUUAUAAGAGGCUGUUGCGGUGCUUUGAUCUGAUGUCGGGUCUAAGUAUCAACUUUGAUAAGUCGAAUCUGAUCUCGGUGAACUGCGAGCAAGGAUGGGUUGAUCAGGCAAGUGGUAUCCUGGGAUGCAAGCAAGCUGUUUUACCUGUUCGAUACCUGGGGAUUUCUCUAAGAGCAAACCCAUGCCUGGUAAAGACUUGGAAACCGAUCAUAGAUAAGGUGGAAGAGAAGUUAAACUUAUGGAAAGUGAAGGUUCUCAACAAGGCAAGUAAACUUGUCCUAAUUAAAUCUAUGCUGAAUAGCCUACCAAUGUACUACCUUAGUCUGUACAAGAUGUCGAAGGCGGUUGCUGAUAAGCUGAUUGGCCUACAAAGACGUUUUUUGUGGUGUAAUGAGGAUGGAAAUUAUGGUAUACCACUAGUUAAGUGGGAGUUGGUUCAGGCACCAAAAAAGGUUGGGGAAUUGGGAGUUGGGGAUGCAGUGCUUAGAAACACAGCGCUCCUGUUUAAAUGGUGGUGGCGGUUCUCAAAGGAAGACUGCCUGUUGUGGAAAAAGAUUGUUUAUUCAUGUUAUAAUAUAAACCCGAAUGUUAUGCUAGCAUACCAGCAUUUACCGUGGAUUUGGAAUUUUCAUUGGAGGAAGGAGUUGUUCCAAUGGGAGAUGGACCUAGUACAUCAACUUCACGAGAGGUUAAGGCCAGUGAAGCUCUCAACGGAUCGACAUGAUGCUAUUGUGUGGAAGUUUGAUAAGAAGGGUGUCUUUUCUACUAGCUCCUUUUUGCAGGUCAUCCAAUCGGAAAUUCUGGUCGAUGAGAUCACAAGUUAUAGUUUCACCAGUGCGAUUUGGAGAAGCGUGGUACCCCCGAGAGUGGAGCUAUUUGGAUGGUUUGUGCUAGUUGGUAGAGUUAAUAUCAUGAAGCGGUUGAGCCGAUUGGGUGUUAUUCCUAAUAGUGAUAAUGUUUGUGUCCUGUGUAAAAAGGAGAUAGAAUCUGUGCAGCAUUUAUUUCUCUUAUGUGAGGUUACAUGGAGGGUGUGGUGCACAUGGUUGAGGUAUUUUCGUACAGAUUGGGCUGUUUCUGGUACCAUAAAAGGGCUGUUUGAAAGUUGGACUGGAAUGCACUCUAGAAAACAAGAGCAGAGGAAGUGGCUGACGGGUUUCUUUGUAGUAAUCUGGAACAUCUGGUGGGAACGGAACGAUAGAAUUUUCAAAAUUAAAGAAGCAAGUGUUGCGAAAAUGCAAAGCAGGACGAUUUUGAGCUACCAAGAAUGGACUUCCAGUGAUCCUGGUGAGUGUUGA